CCAAAGAAGAGUAAAAUGAAGUUCGUGUUUAAUGCGCUUAUUUUCCAUUUCCUGCUCUACUGUGCAACCCACACACUAGGUGUGGAGAUCCAGUCCGACCCUGAAAUUAAUGGGGACAGAGUUAUACACACAGAGCUGGAGGAGACCGUGUCUCUGGUUUGUCAGCUUGGAGGCAGCCAUGAGACUCCGGCUGAUGAGGAGCUGGUAUGGCGGAGGAAUGGCAAUGCGAUCCGCCUGGCAGAAGGAAAUAGGAAGGGUCGCAGCAGUGUGUGUGUUUCACCUGUAAUCUAUGAAGACAACGGUGCCACUUUUUCCUGCCACCUGAGCAAGAAUAACACAGCUACGGCCUCAGUCACCCUGAACGUCACAUAUCGCCCACAGCUCUCUGGUUCAGAGGACGUUGCAGUAGAAGCAGAGUCAGUCCUCGUCCUGCAGUGUGAUAUCUGGGCCAAUCCCCCCGUCUCUUCCGUGACUUGGACUCUAAACGGAAGUCUAGUGGAUCUAUUAGCAGGUGGUUUCUCAGUGAUCAGCGACGGCUUUACUAGCCGGUUAACUGCCGAAUCUGCUGACAAAAGCUUGCAUGAAGGCGCAUAUCAGUGCACAGCAGAGUCUCCUAAAUAUGGUGUAAGCAGCAAGCAAUUCAAUGUUGCAGUAACAGAAAAGAUCUUCAAGUUCCCUCUGAUGCCGGCGAUAGCAGGAAUAGUGGUGUUAGUCCUGACUUCACUUCUAGCUGUUGCUUCACGGUGGAAAAAAAUUAGAAAGUGCUGCAAGUAGCAUGUGCCCCAAAUUACUGACUGAUCUUCACCAUGUCAUCAAAUAAGAGGAGCCAUGAAGACAUCACAACUCAGUUAUUUGUGUGUGUGUGUGUGUGAGUGUGUGUGUGUGUGUGAGUGUGUGU